AGCCGAGGUGUUUGAUGAGCGAAGUAUUGAAACGACAAAGAAGAGUGUCACAGGCGUCAGAGCUAUCUAUCACCAACAAUGGGGCCAUUUUGACCGGUCAAGACGCCAGUCCAUAGCUAGCGGGUGGUACAGUGCAAGUCAUCUUGCUGUAAGGUGCCCCAGAAGAGAGAGCGAGCGAGCGAGCGAGUGAGAGAGAGAGAGAGAGAGAGAGAGAGAGAGAGAGAGAGAGAGAGAGAGAGAGAGAGAGAGAGAGAGAGAGAGUCUGAGAGAGAGAAUAUGGCGUUCAUGGCAAUGUACCAAUCGUCGUCGUACAGGCAGGAUGUGUUAUGGCCGGGAUGGGUGCCAUACAUUCUGCAUGCAUGUUCAAAGAGCUUUUUCGGGCAGUGCGAGAAACACGAGGGAGUGGUGGAGCACAGCGGAGAGCCCAAGCUCAAGUUUUUCUGCGUCGACUGCAGCAGCAGAAGGGGCAGUUUUGCGGACAGACUCCGAGGUGGUUAUUGCGAGGGGGAGGGGGAGGGGGAGUUCAUCCUCUGCAACAUUUGCCGCAAGGAGCACGCUUCCGGCCACAGAAUCCUGCAGAUUCGCAAAUCGUCCCUUCGAUUUGUUGUCCGCCUUGCAGAGCUUCAAGGUCUGUUAGACUUGACCGCCGUUCUUCCGUACACCAUCAACUCUGCCAAGGUCAUCUUUUUAGAGCGUCGUCCUCAAGAAAGACUGGGCAAGGGCCAAAAUGACCAGUGCGAAGGCUGUGGUCGUGGCAUUGCUCCGCUACCCUUUCGGUUCUGCUCCAUCGAGUGUAAGAUGAUCCGCAAUUGGGAUCUCAGACCGCAGGGCUGCGGCGCAGAUGGCAGAUCGAAGACAUCGCCAGCGACCCAGCUGCUGAGGCCAGCAGGGCGUACGACGACGAACGAGUCUGGGUAUGAUAACUCGCUGACCUCGGGAUCGACGGCUAUGGAGGACAUCAUCAGCUCUCCCAUGGACACAGACUCUUCCACUUCCAGCUGGCAUUCAUCGGAUAGCGACGAGCCUGGGUAUGCCACGUGGCCAGACAGCUCCAUGCCUACCGAUACGUCGUUUUCGAAGAUGAACCUGGGCAUGGGCAUGGGUUUGAUUCGUCCUCUAACAACGACACCUACCGCUUUGCGGCUGAACAGUGUCACGGUUGGCAGAGUGACAACUGGCAGAUCGACCACAGGCAGAGCGCUCUGUCACACACAGGCAAAGUUGCCGCUGAACAGUGUCACGGUUGGCAGAGUGACAACUGACCGAGUGACCACAGGCAUAGUGCUCUGUCACACACAGGCAAAGUUGCCGCUGAACAGUGUCACGGUUGGCAGAGUGACAACCGACCGAGUGACCACAGGCACAGUGCUCUGUCACACACAGGCAAAGUUGCGGCUGAACAGUGUCACGGUUGGCAGAGUGACAACUGGCAGAGUGACAACGGGCAUAGUGCUCUGUCGCACACAGGCAGCUUUGCGGCUGAACAGUGUCACGGUUGGCAGAGUGACAACUGGCAGAGUGACCACAGGCAUAGUGCUCUGUCGCACACAAGAAAAGUCGCCGCUGAACAGAGUCACGGUUGGCAGAGUGACAACUGGCAGAGUGUCAGGUGGCAGAGUGACAGGUGGCAGAGUGACAGGUGGUCAUCGUUCUAUGGUCAUGGCCGCCCUUGGCAGGAUCCGAAAGCAGAAAACAACACAGCUUCUGCUGACUUCUGCUGGAGGUAGCAGUGCGGCGAGAGUCAGCGUCAGAGUCAGGGGCUCUUCUUCGGUUAGUUGUUGCCUGUGCCUGUGAGCUUUUCGCUGCUUGCAAGCCUGCCGC